AUGAUUUCAGUGUUGCCUGCACCUUGCACAUUCUCUGUGCUCCUCCAAUUCGGUCAUCCAGCUUUGCAGUACUUUCGCAAGGUCCGAAGUGGCGGCGUGCUAACGGAUCUUGACUACGUGUUGUUCAGCAUUUACUUUGCUAUUUGUGCAAUCUGGAUGUUCUUGGAGUCCACCCUGCUGUGGCCUCUUUUGGAUUAUUGCCCGCUGUUUGUUGAGUUCAAGAUGUUGUUUUUCUGGUGGCUAGUGUGCCCUGAGUACAAAGGUGCAGCUUAUCUGUGGUUCUCCCACAUAAAGCCCGCGUACCAGAAAGCAGACGCCAAGUAUUACGACAAGUUCAUUUCUGUGCUGCACAAGGCAGCUUUACCAGCAAUGCCUGCAACUACCAGCGCAGCGCCUGAAGUUAGCAACAAGGAGGAGGUUAUUCGUGAUAUGCUUGACAAGAAGGCCACAUGA